GCGGUGGUAGUGCUGGCAGGGGCGGCAAAACGAGGUGCAAAACGAAUGUGAGACAACAUACCUUCGAAGUGCUCGUCGACGUCAUGGAUAAGCACGGGAAGCUGAUGGCGACGACAGUGGACAGCGAGAGCAAGAGGCAGUGCUCAUUGCUGACGAGGCAAUGCGACAUUCUCGAGCGAGAGGAGGAGAUGCAGAAGGAGCACUACGAGCAGGCUGACCAGGCAAACCAGAUGAUGCGGACGACGGCGGGAGAUGAUCACACCUCUGCAAGCGGAGUCGUGGAAGGUGUGGUAGAGGGGAGGGUCGAUGACAUGUGCCGCGAUGAUGGGAGAAGAGACGGACGACGGGAAGGCAAUGAUGAGGACAACCGACCCCUUGCCAGCAGGCGGAAGAGAACGGUAGUGGAGGUCAAUCUGAAGGAGAGAUCAAAGUUGUGGGUUGAUUGCGUUGAUUGCCAUGCUUUUUGGGGUCAAGGCCCUGGAAAACUGUUGAAGGAGGCGUUUGGCGACUGCGCCGGCUACUUCGUCGCCAUCGCCAACGGAGACGCAGGAGCCGAACCACCGUCCAUGCUCAUAAUGUCGCCGAAUGACGUGCUACGCUUCAAGAUCGACGACCCUGAGCAUCCUCAACCGGCUUUGCGCAGAGCGUGCAUCGUGGAGAAACUGGUAAUGUGCACCAUCUACUGGUGGAUCUUCAAAUCAUGGUCAGGGUCGAAUGGCUUCGCUCUUGCAAAGUCGUACAUCACCGUCGACUAUGCUACCAAUGUCGCACGAGUUGUUUGGCACGGGUUGGAAUGGUCGACAGUGGUUUCCCCAACCCUUAUUUACUACACGCUGCAGAUGAACAUGGACGUGCCUAUGUGGUUCGCGGGGGUGAAAAUUGUGGACAGGCCUGAAGAUGAUGACAUGGCGGCACAACAGGAGGCAACAGUUCUUCGUGUGGCGGAGCUCAACAUGAAAAACAGACCGACAAAGUCUGUUCCGGACCUGACCGCGUCCUCGGGCGGAAGCAAAGCACGCAGCAUUGCCGAACGCCCAAGAUCGAACUUUCGAGAGGAGGGGCCAGCAGCGCAUGCACUCGACAAGGACCCCGAAGAACAAGCAGAGGUCGAAGAGGAGCUCAGCGGACAGGAAUACGACGAAGAUGAGGARGACGAGGAGAACCCGAUGGGAGUAGAGGACGUGGGGGGAGACGAAGACGAGGAGAAGGAAGAAGAAGAAGAAGAAGAUGAGGAAGAGGAAGAAGAGGAAGAAGAGGAAGAAGAGGAUGAAGAGGAAGAAGAGGAAGAUGAGGAAGAUGAGGAUGAAGAGGAAGACGAGGAUGUUUAAGACGCAGGCAGGGCACGGAAGAGGAGGAAAAAGGACAGUUGGGUGCAUAACAUUCUUAUGUCGGCGAAACAAACCAAGGAACUUCUUCCAUUCUUGUGAGCUGUUUGCCUCACAGCUGCCGGAGUGAAGCUGUACGCGCAAACGGAGAAGCACUACAGAUGUUAUGGCGAGAUCAUUUUUGCAAGUUGGGUGAUGGAAGAAAAGAAAUCGUUCGCCGAAUUGUGGGUUUUAACAGGCAAAACGCUUCUCAGCUUCCUUCUUGCCUCGAAGAAAAUGGUGCCCAACAAAUUCCAGAUUGAGAA